CAGGCUGAAGGCGACGCUAGGGCUGGGGGGCGGAGCAGGAGGGGGCGCAGGAGCAGGGGGAGGGGCCGGCAGCAGCAGCAGCGGGGGUGCAGAAGCAGCCGCGGGAGGAGGAGGAGGAGGAGGAGCGGGUGGCAACGGCACGCGUGUGGGCGUACCGGCCGAUCAACUAGAGGCCUGGGAGACGCUGGAGCUGAUGGUGGUGGUCCCCGCACCGCACCUCAUCCCCUCGCUGGCAGCAGUGGUGGCGCGGCCGCUGGACGUGCAUGUGGGCGGCUGGGCGCUGGGGCCGCUGCCGCCGCCGGGAGCUGGAGGGGGAGGAGCAGGAGGGGGUGCGGCAGCAGCGGCGGCAGCAGCAGCAGCGGGGAAGAAGUCCUCCGGUCUGCCUGACCCGCCCCCCUCACCCUCCAUGCGGAGGGAGAACCCCUUCCCGCGCGCCUCGGGGACCGCCUCCGCCGCCGGCUGCCUCGGCUGGGGCGGGGAGAGGCCGGGGGGCGGCUCCCAAUCGGGCACCUCUGCGGCAGCAGCAGCUACCGCAGCCGUGAUGGCAGCGGCUGGAGGAGGAGGCGGCAUGGGGCUGCAGCCUCCCCCACCCUCCCCGCUGCUUCCCUCCCAGCUGCCCUCGCCCGCCUCCCUCGGCUCCUACGACCAGCUCUCCCUUGCACUCGCACUUGACUGCAGCGCGGGGGGUGCGGCGGACCCCGCUGCGGCCGCCGCUGCCGCCUCCCGCCUGAUGGGCAGCGCGCUGGCGACAUUGGGCGCCAUGGAUCACUCGGCACUCAUUGUGAAGCAGGAUGCAGUCGCGGCUGCCCAGGCUGUGUCGUACGAGCGGCGGCGGGCCAGUGCGGAGCUGUCGCCGCUGUCGGGGCUAGCGGGGUUGGCGGGGUCGCUGGCGGCUGGGGGGGGAGGAGGAGGAGGAGGGAGUGGGGCGUUACCGGCGUUGGGUGGUGGCAGCAGCAGUGGAGGAGCAGGAGGAGGAGGAGGAGCAGGAGUUGGGAAUGUGGCGAUGGCGAGGGGCGUCAUCGGACCGGCUAAUCCCCGCGACUACUUCAUCCCCCUGCCCGAGAGCCCCUCCGGCGCCCUCUCCAUCACCCUGCCGGUGGGGCUGGUGCUCGUGGACCCCGCACUGCUGGAGGCGGCGGGAGGCCUGGGGGCAGCUGCUGCUGCUGCUGCUGCUGCUGCCAACAGCAACAGCAACGGCACCGGCGGAGGCGGCAGUGGCGGCCUCAGCAGCCUGCCACCAACACCGUCUAUGGUGGCUGCAGGCGUGUGGGUGGCGAGUGCGGGUAGUGCGACCCACGGGUCAUCAUCCGAUGUGGGGGGAGGAGGAGGAGGAGGAGGUGGAGGUGCCGGAGGUGGGGGUGCUAGCGGUGCGACUGCCGUACGAGUGGCUGCGCUGCUGCCGCACCUGUUGGCCUCCUCCGCUGCGGUGUCGCAGCUGUGCUCGGCCGUGUCAGCGAUCACACAGGUGCUGCGGGUGGCUGGGGAGCAGCACGGUGUGUUUGCCGUACCGCCCAUGCGCGCCUCCCUGCGUAUCUUCAACCCCAGCCAGUCCCUGCUAAACAUCUUGUGUCAGACCAACACCUACUUUGCCGUGGAGCCCCACAACAACACCAUCUACAUCCGCAAGCCGCCCGCCGACAUCCUGCGGCUGCUGCAGGCGCUGCUGACCACCAUGCCAGUGCGGAGCCGCACCACCAGCACUGCCACCCUGCCCUCCCCCACCGCCACCGCCACCAUCACCACCCCCACCCCCACCUCCCUCAACUUGGGUGCCGACCUGGGGGUGAGCGUGCUGGGUCGCAGCGGAUCCCUUCCCCGCCAGCAUGCAAGCGGCGGCACACCCGCCUCGACAGGAGCAGCAGCCGCGGCAGCCGCCUUUGCAUCAGGAGGAGG